AGCUCGCAGGGAGCUCUUAAAACAUGAUUUUUGAGCUCCUUGAGAGCGUAGAUGAAGCUCUCAGGGAGCUCUCAAAAGCGGACAUAGGAGCUCCCGGAGAACUCCGUGCAAGUUCUUUUAAAGCUUGUAACCGCCGCCCGCGAGCGACGGCCAACUUCGCCUCCGUCCCUGGUCGCGGCCCUGAGCCGCCCGGGUGUCGGGGCGACUAUCUUCGCGAGGUUUCCCGACGUCACACUAAGUUGGGCGCCAGGUACGUUAAGCGUACCACUCUGUGUGAACCAACUCGCAAACAAAGGUUACAAUACUUGAAUCUCGGGAAAGACGGGCGCACGCUAGGUGACCGGGGCGUUAGCGGCUCCGAAAUCCAGCUGCUCAGCCCUCAAAUGGCAGAGGGGGGAGGUUCGGUGCGGGCGGAUGGAAUCGGGAAGGCGAGAGAAUUACGUACACGACACAAAUGUAACAGAAAAAGUAACAGUUGUAUUUGACCGUAAGAAUUACAGUAGAGGACGACUCUGCGGAGCGGUGGUGGCUCGCGCGCGUUACCAGCUGGCGUCCGCUGGGUAUCAGAUUUUGCGAGAACGGUAUUUUGAACGAGCGGGUUAUGAUGCGUACGCGGGAACUCUCCGACUUGUCUUACGCUUGACCCGGCGUCGUUGGAGGACGCCGACUCCCGUCAGGAUGACCUCGCCAAGGGCGAACAGGACGGAUCGCAACUCCGAGCCCGCGCGACACGCGACGGACCCGUGUUCUCCCGCGCUCUAACGAUUCUCGCGAAAAAUAAGCGCAAUAAUUAUGAGUUAUUCGACAGUCCGGCGGUAUACGACGAUUGCGUCGAUAAUUAUCAGAGUAUACUCCCCGAGGGGGCUCGCAGUAACGGUGCGAUCGACCAAAUUAUACAACAGCAACAACUAAAUUUUUCCACGACGCGACAAGAUACAGCGCGGGAAUAACCCGCGACCCGACGACCGGACGAAACAACAAUUGACUCGGCUGCGGAUCGGAACGCACACGCAACGCGAAACUAUCCUGAAAUACACAGCACGUAGCGAAAUCACGCGGACGGGCGCGAUCGGGCGAGACGACGAUGCUCCGUUGAAUCCGCGAAUUCGGGAUUCUCAUAAAUACGCCGAAAGAUUUUGCGAUAAGUACGCGAUUUCCUCGCGGCUCGCCCAACCCGCGAAAUCGGUAGCUUUACAGUUAGUGUGACGCUCGUCUCACCACUUCGCCUCUCUCCUGCUGGCCUCCUCCGGGUCGGGAUGGCUCUCGUCCCUGCGUCCUUCUUCACAGCUCGGCUCGGGAUUGUGGGACGCACGCACAGUUUUUAACUCUACUUCCGCAGCACGAGUGAGGGAUCCUGGAUCUCGCGGGGGCCGCUCGGCGGCGCGCCCCACCUUGCCUCCGGCGUUCCCGGCCUUUAUUGGUUGAUUUCGCGAAAAUCGAUUUUCGCGCAGAGCGCGGUGCCCACGCUGUCGCCGGCUGAUCGAUCCACGCACGGCGGUCGAUGAUUAUGGGCCCCGGGCACGGGAAUCCUGGCGCUUUCUCGCGCGCCCGACUCUUUUCUCCUCGCCCGACGUAUCCUCCGCCAUCGGGGUGUCAUUUCCUCCUCGACGGGGCGUCGGCGUAUCUUAAGUUGUCGUGAUCCUUCCGCCGGACUUCCCGCGGUAUCGGGUCUGCAAUCGCCCCGUCGGGAUGUCGGCAUCGCGCGCCGUCGCUGGGUCCUGAAAGCGUGAUUCAGCGGCAGUAUCGGAAUUCUUACAUGGCACAAACGGUAGGCAAGAUAAGGGCGGCAUUACCUGCGGACCCCCGCUUAAAAGGGUCUUCUUUGACUCCCUCGUUGCCCGUUCCUCUGCAAUCUCCGGGAAGAUUUUCCGUUGAGACGAGACGUCCGACAACUACAACGAGAUCUUCAUAGCCACCGAUCUCCGCCGCACCCGCGGUAUAACGCUCGCAAAAAUCUUAACAAGUAAUUAGAUGGACAGCACGUGGGACGUCACAUACACAAAGUACAAGAGAAUACGCUUUUGCGUCCGCUCCCGAGCGGGAGGACGCAGGGCCCGCGGGAUGUUAUUGCGUAAGGGCCCUCAGGGCCUUGUGACGGACAGCAGCCUGCGGCUGUCACGUCACAAGCUUAAAUGAAGCUUAUGAAAAAUUUUGUGAGCUCGGGAGCUCCUCGGGAGCUGUGUGGGUUUUUACAUAACGUAGAGGCAACCAUGUCCCAAAACUUUUUCACGGACAUUUUACCAGAUGUAAGUUGAGUCUCAUGAUCUUUGAAAACAGAAAGAAGAAAAAGAAUUGCUUUGUGUGGCCAACGGAAACUAUCUGAAAAUAAUAUAUCUUUAAUAUACAUUUUAUCCUAAAGUAGCGUUAAUAUGCUUAUAUAAAUUUAUUUUAAAAUAUUUUAAAAUAUAAUAAUAUAUAUUAUAUCAAUAAAAAUAUACCUUUCUCUUCAAAACUAUCAAAUUCUUGACUUUUUUCUUCUAUGUCAUGGCAUGUGCUAUUCGAGGAACAUGCUAAAAAUUCAAUAAAUAAAAAUAUAUGUAAUGUAUAAAAAUAUUACAUAUAUUUCUAUUAAAAUAAUUAAUGUAAAGUUUAUUAUUUGUUUGUUUAAUAACAGAAUUUAAGAGAGUACAAUAAUUACAUGGAUUAUCACUCGGUUCAGCAAUCGACUGCGUUUGGGUCUGCAGCAUUCUCUGUUGCAAUAGUUGUGUUGCAAACAGCAUAUCUAUUUAAAAAAAAAGAAAUAAACAUAAAAUUUAUUUUAUAUAUAAAAUUAUAAAAAACUCCUACAACACAAGAUAUUUUAUAAACAUUCUAGAUAUUUAUAGAAUAUUCUAAGAUGUUCAUAGAAAUCAUAGAAUAUCUUGUGCUGUAUGGGAAUAUAUGGACCUAGUUUCACCAAUUAAAAUAACCGGCCAUUUAAGAGAAAUAUCCAAUAACUGUUAUUUAUUUUCUUAAUAAUCAAUAGCUAUUAGAUAUAAUUCUCUUAAGUUAAUUGUCAAUUAUUUCAUUAAUCGGUGAAAUCAGCCUAUAAUAAAAACUUAUAUUAUAGGUUAACUCUUACCUUGGUUAGCUUUUUUGGCUUCUUCCUCAGUCACUUCUACUAUAUAAGUAUUUUCCGUUUCAGGAUCAUAUAACUUAAUUGUUGUCAUUUUACUCAUGUUCAACAGUAAUCAACUAGUAACACCACAGUAAUAAAAUUCACUUAAAGACUCAAGACUCAAUGCUUUCACUAUUUCCCUGAUUUCCCGCGCUUUACGUAUUCAAACGUAACGCUUCAAUCAUACUACCUCUUUGGGCUGAAGCAUUGGGAGCGAGCUGGGAGCGAAAAUCCGUGACGUAUUCAUGACGUCAUAUAUAUGGCUGAAAUGUUUUGAAGUGUUAAGUGGACCGUACUCGAAACGCUCUGGAACGUUUGUAGAAUCAAGUGGACCGCCCCCUUAAUCUCGCUUGGCUAUCUGGGAAGAUGAGCGAAUUUGUAAUUGACUAUUACCAAAUUAAAAAUGCUUAAAACAAUGAAUAAUUAAAUGUGAUUUAAUUACACAUUAUUUUCAACAUUUGUAAUUAAACACCAUUGAAUUACUAAUUUGUUUGAGCAUUGUAAUGAAUGUCCAAAGUAAUUAAAUUACACUAUUAUAAUGUAAUUACAUUUGUGUAUUUUAAUUAUACAUUUGUGUAAUUUAAUUACAUUUGUGUAAUUUAAUUACAUUUUAAUUUUUAUUCGAAUUGUGUUAACGACAAAGAAAACGUGAGAGUGUACUGUAACCGCGCUCGCGAGCAACGGCCAACUUCGCCUCCGUCCCUGGUCGCGGCGCUGAGCCGCCCGGGUGCCGAGGCGACUGUCUCCUCGUAAUAUUUUCGGUGCAAUACGUCAUUGGGCGCCAGGUACGUUAAGCGUACCACUCUGUCCACGCCAAAUCAUAAAUUAGCGUUACGCUAUUGAGAUCGCGGAAAAGACGGGCGCUCGUUAGGCGACCGGGACGUUAGCGGCUCCGAUAGCCAGUUACUCAGCCCUAAAAUGGCAGAGGGGGAGGUUCGGCGCGGGCGGAUGAAAUCGGGAAGGCGAGAGAACUAUUAAAAUAACGUAAAUUUAACAAUGAGAUUAACUGUUGGAAUAUUCAUAUAUUGGCGCCUAGCAUUUACAAGUGCGGCUGCGCGUUCGCUCUCCCUUCCCUUUUGGGCCUAGGCGCGUGUGAUGGUGGUAGGUGUGCUGUAUAGUACCAAAGAGAAGAGCGAGUGACGAACUUCUUUAAUAAAAAUCUUUGGAAAACGAAUAAACUCUGCUGGUUAUUUUUCCAACCAAAACCCCAAAAGAUCAUGGGCCCAGCACGCUUCCACUGCGAGCAUUAAUCAUUUUAUAAGCAAAAAGUUUUCAUCGAAGUGAUCAAUAGUGUGCAAAAUUUCAUCAAGUCGUCGCCACGAGGUCACAAUGGAUGCAAUAGAAAUUUCCGAGUCCAGCGGUGUUGCCUCUGAAAAGCGUAAGUUCCAACAAACAAAAGUAAUAAAGAAUGAGUGGAUGCAUGCAUCGCGCGUAAACGACGACAAAGGGAAAACGAGCCAACGUCGCGCUGAAAUGUAGAGCCAGCUUGGUGGCUCAACUGAGGCGUUUUACCGAGUCAAAAUUGUUUAGGAAAAACGCUAAACGAAUAAAACGUGAAGCAAAUUAAAGAUAAAAAUAUAAUCAAAAUCGCGAGAAAUAAAGCACGUGGCAUGAAAGAAAAAAAAAAUCAUGGAGAGAGAGACGAUUCGAGAAGCACGCGGAAAGCAUAGCAUGAAAGAGAAAACCGUGCGAGUGAGAAGAAACACAACACGUGCUAGAGGCGCACGGGCGCCAGAGGCACUCGGCGCACAAAGUUUUUUUUGGUCCUACGCUGCUGCGCCCGUGCGAUGGGUUAGGGUGGGACAAAUAUUUCUUUCUCAUUCUGGCUUGUUGCGCUGGUGCGGCGGUACGGGAGUGAAAAAGCGGGCCUAAAGACUGAUCGAGAUCGCGGUAAAUUUUAAUAAAGACGCCAAAUAAAUAAAAAAUGUAAAUUGAAUGAAAUAAACAACGAAAAUAAAUAUAUUUAACGAACAAUUUCACGAUUGAUACACAACUGAACGAUUAUCAAACUAAAUCGACAGGCCUAAAUCAAAACAAAAGAAAUUAAAUUAACGUACGAAACGGGACCACAAUUACGAAAUCUCACUGAAUUAAAUGAAACGAUCUAAAACCAAAUUCGCGAAUUGGAAAUAAAACAUGAAUUUAUUUCUCCCAUACACAAAUUAAAUAACGAUUCGAAACAAACGAUUAUGUCAACGAAAAUUCAAUUUAUAGACACAGAAGAUAGCGCCUUCACCAAAAUGGUAGAAAAUUAUGCCACCGUCUUCAAACUAAACGAAAACCAUCCAAACGAAAAAAUUACCCUAACAAUGGAAGGCAGUCUGUUGUACUUUGUGACCGAAAAUGGCAUGAAGUAUACAACCGACGAAUCCAACUUUGAACCCAAAGAUUGGGAUGAAAUAAAGGAUAAACUCCUAAGUAAAGAUGGCAUCUUAAACUUGGACAGGACACAAAACCAGUCGAGCGAAGAAAUAUUCCCAGAAGAGGAGGAUGAACUCCUGCAAGAAAAUGUAUUUGAAACGAGUGGGGAAAACGGAAACGGUAUUAUCGAAAACGCUGAGAUAGUACAAUGUAAAGGUAUAACGAAUAAAACUCUCGAGGUAAGGCCGGAAAACACGGAGACGGCUCUAAUGAAUGUUCUGAAGGAGUACAUGAGCAGUCUGACUGCAAUCAAUAAAUGCAUGGCUGAAUCAAUCACGAGAAUUGAUACGACACAAGCCGCAAUAUGCAAGGUGAUCACAACACAAACACAACACCUUAAAAGACAAACACAGAUGUUUGGCGAUUUGCAGAAAGGUUUGCAGACGCAACUAAACGAGCUCAAGCAAAUGCAGAACGAGAAAAACGAUCUGUGCGGAAACGAUUAUAACGAAUACGAAAACAGCCACCAUGGCAAUCCCCAGACAAGUCAACAUGAAAAUAACACUCACGAAAACGACUUAACGAAAACGCUUAAGGGUACAGUGCCAACGAUUGAGCCUAUGCAUAACGAUAGAGAAACGAUUGCAUCUAUAGUCAGAGACGAACUAACGAAGAUAAACUCUAACGGGAAAGAAAACGCUAGCCAGAAUAAUCAAAGCGCGAAUUUACUUGCACAUCAGAUGAAAGAAGCUUUUAAGUUCGAAAUUGUAAGUAAAGAAUCGGGAACGAGAUUCGACUAUAAGCUAAAACAAGAUACAAAGUACGACCAUUUUUACAAUUACUUCGCAUCCGAACUCAGAACAAACGAUUUGCUAUCGCAUAAUCGAACCGGACAUUCAACAACCGGAAAACCUAUCAGAAAAAAUCAAAGAAAAACAUAGAUACAAAGUGCGAGAUAUUUUAAUUAAUAGACUAGACCAAGUUUAUCACUCAAAAGUCGCUUCCUUACAAGAUCCGGUCGACAUCCUAAACAAAAUAAAAGAAAUGAAACAAUGUGAAGCGAGAAUGACUACGGUCACCUUGCGAAAACAGUUAUACGAUUUAAAAUAUAAUCCAAGUAAAGAGAAGGUUUCGGAAUUCUGGGACAAAUUUGAAGAAAUAGUCAAGAAUCAUGACAAUCUACCUGAUGCAAUCCCGAUCAACAACGAAAAAAAACGAGACACCUUUUAUCAGUCAAUCAUGGCUACUGUACCUGAAGUCCAAAGCGUAGAGUUCAUGACUCGAAAUACCACCGGCAAGGGUUUAACAUACGGUCAAUUAAAUCCUUUAUUAUACAGGCGGAAGCAACGAAGGCUUCCGGGUCAAACCCUGGGACAACACCUAGAGCGGCUCUUAAUGCCUGGCCGAGAAGAGAUAAGAAUGAUAGGUGCCGAGAGCGUGACGACUACGGGCACGAGAAAAGCAGUUGCAAAUGGAAGGGACUCGGUGUUAAAAAAUGCUACGAGUGUAAUGAAUUCGUCAAACACAAAGCCGCCGAGCGUCAUAAACGAAUACUACGCCAAAGGGAUACCAAUGUCCGACGAGAUCGAGGACGAGGCAGAGGCUUCUCUAAAGGGAGUUACAAUAGGCACGUAGCCAACAUGCGCGGUGGUAAACAAUUUAACGAAAGAGGACGAGGCUACAAACGAAAUUAUAACAAAAACGAAAAUGGUGAAGAUCCUAAACGACACAAACAGAACGACAACAAAAAUACGAAUAAAACGAACAUAAACAGCUCCCAAGGGAACAAAUCGCAACGAUCGAGAGGCAAGGCCACGAAUAAUAAAGCAGCUCCUGGAAACAGAGGUACAGAAAAGAACGAGUGAUAAAAAAAAAAAAAAAAAAAACUGGAACCAACGUACGUUUCAUUAACGAUACUCACUAUUCAUGUAAAACUAUAAUUAAGCUAUAAGUUUAUGUACCACAUGUAAAUGCUCGACGGGAGGGAGUGUUGGAAUAUUCAUAUAUUGGCACCUAGCAUUUACAAGUGCGGCUGCGCGUUCGCUUUUUCUUCCCUUUUGGGCUUAGGCGCGUAUGGUGGUGGUAGGUGUGCUGUAUAGUACCAAAGAGAAGAGCGAGUGACGAACUUCUUUAAUAAAAAUCUUUGGAAAACGAA